AUGGCAACAAUUGUUGAUUGGCCACGACCUACUUCUAUGACAGAGGUACAUAGCUUUCUAGGGCUUGCUGGAUAUUACAAACGGUUUGUGGAAGGAUUCUCCCGUAUUGCUUUGCCACUUACCAAUCUCAUCAGGAAAGGGGUGAAGUUUAAGUGGAAUGAUGAUUGUGAGCGUAGCUUCCAAGAGUUUAAACAGAGAUUGACAUCAGCUCCAAUCCUUGCCUUACCUACAGACGGUGGUGGUUUUGCAAAUGUGGUUGUAGAUGCCUUGAGUAGGAAGGUCACAGUUGGAGAUGUAACUGCUUUGUCUAUUGAGAGUUGUUUGGUGGAAAACAUGAGACAUUUGAGGCUUGAGGUUGUUACUGCUGGUGAUAGGGCUUAUUGCAGUCAAUUGACAGUUUAG